AUGUCUUUCUCUACCAUCACCGCCCUUACUGGAGCAAUUGCUCUUGUAUCACAAGUCGCUGCUCACGGCACGGUCACUGGAAUCGUCGCAGAUGGUGCUAACCGUUCUCGCAGCUACGAGGGCUACCAUGCAAGCUUCCAAUAUUUGCAAACCCAGCCAGUAGUCGUAGGCUGGUCGAUCCCCAAGGAUCUGAACAACGGUUUCAUUGCCCCAGAUGCUUACACCACCUCCGAUAUCAUCUGUCAUCUGGGUGCCACAAAUGCUCAAACAUCAGCGACAGUUGCAGCAGGCGGACAAGUUGAGCUUCAGUGGACAGCUUGGCCGAGCUCUCAUCAUGGCCCAGUCAUUGACUACCUCGCCAACUGCAAUGGAGACUGCAAGACCGUUGACAAGUCUACACUGGAGUUCUUCAAGAUUGAUGGAGUGGGGCUCAUCGAUGAUACAACAAUUCCUGGCACCUGGGCGUCAGAUACCCUGAUUGCGAACAACAAUUCCUGGACUGUCACGAUUCCUUCCGAUAUUGCUCCGGGCAACUACGUUCUCCGCCACGAGAUCAUCGCCCUGCACUCAGCCGGCACCGUUGAUGGAGCCCAGAACUAUCCACAGUGCGUGAACCUGGAAGUUACUGGCUCUGGAACAGCAACACCAUCUGGAGUUUUGGGCACGGCACUUUACGUUGAGACCGACCCAGGAAUCGAGAUCAACAUCUACACCUCUUUGUCGACCUAUGUCGUUCCUGGCCCAACUCUGUACAGCGGCGCUAUCAGUGCAAGUCAAACG